GCAUCAUUGCUUCACUGUGCCGCCCAUUCCAUUCCAACCAUUGGUCCAACAACAUACUGCCUACAUCCCUGAUUUCGCCUCAUACCAUCGCCCUGUUUUCCUCGUAUUUUUUUAAGAAAAAGACAUCCCCAAAUUUUCACCAUGGCAAGUAAUGAAGACAAACCGGCGGCGAAAGAGGAUGAGAAUGCUGGAAGCUGGAAAGAUUCUAUCUUCAACCCAAGGACCGGAGAGUUUUGUGGGCGCACAGCGAAGAGCUGGGGCCUCAUCCUCCUGUUCUACCUGGUGUUCUAUGCGUUCCUGGCUGGGAUGUUCGUCCUCACCAUUUGGGUCAUGCUGCUGACACUGGACGACUAUGUGCCAAAGUACCGUGACCGGGUGCCACACCCAGGGUUGGUCAUCCGGCCCAAGGAAUUGGACAUGGUGUUUAACAGAUCCCAACCUCUCCAGUGCGCCCCGUUUGUCCAGAGUUUAGAGUCUUUCCUGAAACAGUACAAUGACACGGAACAGGAGAGUAACGUGGCGUGCGUGGCGGGGGACUACUUUGAGCAGGAGGGCAAGGUGGGCGAGCAGAGGAAGGCGUGUCAGUUCAAGAGGAGCGAUCUAAGCCUCUGCUCCGGCCUCUCCGACUCCACCUUCGGUUACGCUGAGGGGAGACCCUGUGUCCUCCUCAAAAUGAAUAGGAUCAUUGGGCUGAAGCCGCGUGGAGAUCCCUAUGUCAACUGCACAGCAAAGAGGGACACCCCCGUACAGAUGCAGUACUUCCCUAGUGAGGGACGGUUCGAUAAAAUGUAUUUCCCUUACUACGGCAAUAAGCUUCACGAGAGGUAUGUGCAGCCCCUGGUUGCAGUUAAGCUGUUGCUGAACAAGGACGACUACAACACGGAGCUGACCAUCGAAUGCCGGAUCGAGGGAUCUGACUUGCGCAACAACGACGAUCGAGACAAGUUCCUGGGCCGUGUCACCUUCCGAAUCACAGUCAAAGAGUAGGGAGUAGUGAGGAGGAGGCUAGUGUGGAGAAAUGUGGUUCUGACCUCCCCCGGACGAUUCCUAUUAGAAUAAGAUGGGCCUAAUUCCAAACCAAUCCCUCCACCUUUUCUCCAUAUCCUAGGCGAGGAACAUUCAAAUCUAGUAUUUUUCAUAUCACCUUGGUAGUUCAUUGAUUGGCCAGAUAGUCUACUCAUCUGGUGUUACAGGUCAGUCUCUGGUUAGGUGUGAUAGGGAAAGAUUAAAAACCAGUAGUGCUGUGAUCCCCGAAUCCUGGAUUUGAAUACCUUUCUCUUAGGCUAUUGUUGACACCAUCUUGUAUUUCUGAUAGGGUUCGAUAUGUGUUUAUUUAUUUAUUUUAUUUAACCUUUAUUUAACCAGGUAAGCCAGGUAAGCAUAACAAGAGUGCUAGAUGGAGCAAUUACCAUAUUAUAGCUGAUACCAUUCAUUUUAGAUCUACAGUACAUCACACCCAAAAAGGGCCUAGAAUAGUGCCUAGUGGUAGAGGGUGAGAGAUCGGUUUGGGAUUGGAUCAAAGAAGGAUAGGGCAGUGAUGUCAUCAAUUUUCAACUAUCUCCUGGAAAAACCAGUAAUCCUGCCAAAUUCAAUUGAACAUCUAGUUCCCUUGUUUACUUCUAUGUUUACUAUAGUAUGACAUCAUCUUUUUCCUAUCCUUAAUUAUCUCAUUCUAGCAGGAGUCUUUCAUGACUCACCAACCUAACAGCCAUCAUUCUCUUCUAUUAGUCUGCUUUUGUUGUCUGACCCAGUGCUCUAGUGUUGAUCUAUGAUCAGAGCUUAUUUUCUAUUCUCAAUGGUUUAGAUUGGAAUUUAGAUGUGGUAAGCUUAACCGAGAUCCAUACUUAGUGCCAAGGGUUGGAUCAACAGUCAGGAGUAAACCUCAAUCUGUAUUUCACUUUCAGUCAUCCACUGCCAAUACAACCAUGUUUACAGUUGACCCUCUCAUCUGAAACCAGAACAAACAAUUAUUCCUCAAAAUCACAUAGGGACCACUAACUCAUAAGGUCAACCACAUAGAGUCAAACCCAGUUAAACACUGUCAAACCCAGAUGCCCUCAACAAUUAAAUGUCUUUGAGAACCCUUUUCCUCUUGGGACCACAUUUUGAACCUCGUCAUAUUAUAAUAGGGAACUGUAGAUAGGGAUGUGUGGUGUGGUCUGACCACAACCCAGUCUUGUGCCGUCUGUCUGUCCGGCUGCAUGUCUAUGUGUUUGUUUACUCUACCCCUUACCUCGCCACUGUAAUAGCCAAUGUUUGGUGAGCAUUCGGGUGCAAAAUGGCUGCUGUGCAUCACCCAGGUGGGUGCUACACAUUGGUGGUGGAUGAGGUGAGUUAUCCUCCACACGCACACACACCACAUCACUUAUACGCACCUCACGCACACACACACCACCCCAACAGACAACACACACACAAUGUAAAGCGCUUGGAGACCUGUGAGAAAGCGCUGUGUAAAUGCAAUCCAUUGUAUCUAUGUACUGUAUAUCCUUGUAUGUAUAGCUAUCUUUGGGUCUGAAUGCUUGUCUGUUUGUCUAUAUGUUCUCUCUCCUACUCUCUAUCGGUCCGUUCAUCUGUGUCUGUCUUUCUCAAUGUAUAUAUUUAAUGGAUUCACACUGUAUUUUUUUUCUGUCACAGAACACAAUGUCUGAGCACUGUAAAGAAAUAAUUUAAACAAAUAUUUACAGGA